GCUAUUUUAAUGUUAGGAGGACAGCCUGCUGCCAUAACGAGAUCUGUCGUAUGAAAAAGUUUUUGCACUGUAUUUUUUUGAAUGCUAAAUUGUAAACUAACGUCAUGAUGAAAUCAAUGAGAGAAAUUAAUUUGGAUACGUACGGUUUGUCUCUGCUAACAGCAAAAGAAGAUAUAUUGAACCCACGCUCCUCUACAAACUGGGCUUUGUUUGCUUACGAUGGAAUAAGGCUCAAACUGGCUGAUUCUGGAGCAGGUGGAUUGAAAGAGCUGAUGACUAAGCUACACCCCAGAGGCUCUUUUUAUGGGAUGUGCAGGGUGGGCACAAAUCAAUCCCUCAUCGUCAUGAUAUUAUGGGUAGGAAUUGAGGUGGAUGAAUAUCGCAGAGCUGAGUGUGCCAGUCACCUGCCAGCGAUAAGGGCAUUCUUCAGGGAAGUUCAAAUCUUUCUUCCUGCACACACUUUGGAUGAAAUGACAGAAGAAAGGAUGUGUGCUCUGGCCAGUAAGGCUGCGAUGGUGAUGCAGAGGCCGAGACAGAGACCGGGCCUCCGGCGAGAAGAAAGAGAGGAGACUGUGGGCACAAAUUACAAGCGAACAAUCGCAGCAGCGGAGACCCUAAGAAUCCAAAGAGAAUCUUUCUGGACACAAGCAGAGAGAGAGGAGGAUGAAAGAAAGAAAGAGGAACAGCAGAGGGCAGCAGAAGACAGGAGACAGAGAGAGAUAGAGAGACUGCACCAGGAGAGGAGAGAAGCAAUGGAGCGAAAGAAGAAGAUGAUGGAAAGAGAACAGAAGAUCACAGAGCAGAGGAGAAUACAAUCGCAAAUGGAGGCAGAGGAACGCAAGCAGGAGAGAAUAAAAUGGAAGCACCAGGAAAGAGAACGAGAAGACAAGGAAGCAAGAGAUAGAUACUUACGCUCUGAAUCUGAAGAAAAAGCUGCUGAGGCAGCAGCUCUAGUGUCCCAGCAAACCACAAAUCCAAGAGAGUUCUUCAGACAACUGUCUUCGCCUUCAUUUGUCAACUCAGAUUCCCAACCCAGCUCACCAUAUCCAGUCAGGAGUCCUUACAGACGUCUUCAUCGUAGUCAGACGGACAAUAUCUUCAUUUUCAAUCAGCCUUCAUCUUUCACUCCUCCAUCUCCUUAUAGAUCAAGAGCGGCAUCACCGUACCUCCCAUCGACUCCAACAUCCAAAAGCCCAACUCUCAUGUUUCCUUCUUCACCGCACAGUCCAGAAAUGGUAUCACCUACCAUCUCGAAGCAAAAGAUUACUCAAGAUUGUGCAAUGGUUAAUAAAGUUGCUGCUGACGCUAUGCCACCCUCUAUUCUGCAGCUCCAAGCAAAACCAUCAGAUUCAAUGAAUGCUGAAUCCGAAAUAAAAAAAAACAUCACUGCCAUAUUAGACAGUCUUGUCUUUUAUCCUCCACCACCAACCAAAGAAGAGCUCAGAUUAGAUAACCGGAUCUUAGAUGAAGUAAAACCAACGGAUGAACUUUCUUCGUCUCUUUCUCAAUUGGAGUUUUCACCAAAACCAUUUGAGGACAUUUCCGAAGCUUCUAUGCAAACCCAACCUGAUGUGAAUCUGUCUUGUCAGAGUGUCUCAGAUGCUCUGACGUCCUCUCCUUCUCAAUCUUCUCCUGUUUCACUGGUUACACCAUGUCUCCUACCUCAACCUCCCUCUAGACCACUUCCCAUUCUGCCUUUCUCCCCACGAACAUUAAAGGAUCUGGAAUCACACAGAGAUUUUCCUGCAUCGGCUUCUGUUAGAUCUAUGGUUGAGGAGGAAGAGAUUGAGCAAGAGAUUGAAGGAGAGGACAGAGAGAUGGUUGAGAAGGAAUGGAUUCAUGAGGAGUCAGUGAGAGAGAUCCGAGAAGAGGAAAAUGAGGUGGUGGAAGAAGGGAAAGAAGGUGAAUUGAGAGAAAAUAGAGAGGAGAUGAAUGCAGGACAGGAGGAACCAGAUAGGAAGAAUAUGGAAAAACAUGACAGUGAAAAACAUGAUGAUGAGAAUAUUUUGGAGGAGACUGAGAGUGUAUAUAUACAAGAUGAAAAAAUCAUUGACAAAUCCCAGACAGAAAAAAUACAAUGUGGGGAAAUUAUGAAAGAAUGUGAAAAAGUAAAUGCUAAUAAAACUAUGGAGGAAUCAGAGAACGGAAAAGAACCAAAUGAGACAAUUAUGGAGGAUUCUGAGAGCAGGAAAUAUCAAGAUGGGGAAAUCAUCGAAGAAUCUGAAAGCGAAAAAUGUAAAGAAGAGAAAAUUGUGGAGGAUGCUAAUGAAAAAUAUCAAGAUAAAAGAAUUGUGGAGGCGUCUGAGAAUGUCAAAGAUCAAGAAGAGAAAAUGAUGGAAGAAUCUAAAAGCGAAAAAUGUCAAGAAGAGAAAAUUGUGGAAGACUGUAAAAAAUAUCAAGAAGUGAAAAGUCUACAAGAAUUUGAGUGUGACAAAUACAAAGAUGAGAAAAUUAUGGAAAAAUCUAACGAUGAAAAAUAUCAAGAACAGAAAAUUGAGGGGGAAUUUAAGAAAAUAAAAGAUCAAGAUGAAAGAACUAUGGAAGAAUCUGAAAGAGAUAAAUGUCACGAAGAGAAAAUUAUAGAAGAAGCUGACAUUGAAGAAUAUAAAAAUGAGAAAAUUGCGGAGGAAUCUGAGAACGUAAAAGAUCAAGAUGAGAAAAUAAUGGAAGAAUCUCAGAGUGAAAAAUAUCAAGAUGAGAAAAUUGAGGAACAAUCUGAGAAUGUACAAGAACUAGAUGAAACAAUUAUGGAAGAAUCUGAAAGUGAAAAAUAUCAAGAAGUGAAAAUUCUACAAGAAUUUGAGUGUGACAAAUACGAAGACAAGAAAAUUAUUGAAAAAUCUAAUGAUAAAAAAUGUCAAGAACAGAAAAUUGAGGGGGAAUUAAAGAAAAUUAAAGAUCAAGAUGAGAGAACUAUAGAAGAAUCUGAAAGAGAUAAAUGUCAAGAAGAGAAAAUGACAGAAGAAGCUGACAUUGAAGAAUAUAAAAAUGAGAAGAUUGUGGAGGAAUCUGAGAACGUAAAAGCUCAAAAUGAAACAAUUAUGGAUGAAUCUGAAAGUGAAAAAGAUCAAGAAGUGGACAUUCUACAAGAAUUUGAGAUGGAAAAAUCUAAAGAUGAGAAGAUUAGGGAAGAAACUAAAAGUGAAAAAUGUCAAGUAGAGAAAAUUACAGAAGAAUCUGACACUGAAAAAUAUCAAGAACAGAAAAUUGAGGUGGAAUCUAAGUAUGUACAAGAUCAAGAUGAGAAAAUUAUGGAAGUAUCUAGAAGCGAAAAAGGUCAAGAAGAGAAAAUUAAGAAUGAAACUGAACACGUAAAAUAUCCAGAUAUAAGAACUAUGGGGGAAACUGAGAGCAAAAAAUAUCAAGAUGAAAAAAUUAUGGAGGAACUUGAGAAUGAACAGAAAACUGUUGAAAACUGUGAUAGUGACGGAAAAGAUAAAGACGACUUUCAGGAGGUAUAUGAAGAGGCUUUAAUGAACCAAGAGAAUGAAGAAAAGCCACGUAAGGACUUUACCAUAACAGAAAAUUUGACUGUGUUAAAGGGAGAAUCUGAUUCUGAGAUUAUAAUGAUUCAUGACAAAACAGAUGAAGAAGGAGUGAAGAGGACCAGUGAUCAACUGAACGAGAAGAAAGAAAGAAGUAUACCAUUCAUUAAAACAGAUGAGAAGGGUCCAUCCAAUGCAGACAAACAGAAUGAGCAUAAACCCUGCGCAGAAACACUUUUCUCCCAGCAUGCACCACUCUCCCCAGAAUCCUCCGCUGUCAGGCCUAGUCAAUACAUAAAUCUAGCUAAAAGUAUACCAAAUCAUAAAGAAAAUGAGCAACAGAUACUCUCAACAGACUCAAUUCAGGACAAGUCAGAUCUGAGCCAUCAAGAAGACCCCAAAGUGACAAGUGACUCUUUAACAGCAGUAUCAUUCAGUCAGGAAUCCUUACACUCCCCCUCAAAGAACAGCUCGGGUUCAGAGGUGAACGCUUUAACAGCCAUAUCUGAACAUCAAGCCAGUCUUGGGCAAUGUGAUGGGGAGGAGGGACUUGAAUAAUAAGGAAGAUGUACCAGCGACCUGAUCAAUGAGAAAACAGAUGCUUACGAAGUCUACAUUACUUAUAGUGACAGCAGUUUUUUUAAGCGGUGCAGGACUCCAAAUCCCAUUCUGAAUGAACUUUUAACAAAGAUUUUCGCCUAACUGCAGAACACCCAAUGACAUCAUGAGUUAUAAGAAAACAAAUGUUUCUCGUAUAGGUGGGCAAGGAAAUCACAGAUAAUUGGUAGGUGUUAUUAUUCCAGUACAAACCAUUCCAUUAAAGAACACAAUGCUUCAGGUUUUGAUUGGCAGUAAUUACUGUCUUAACUGGAAGGAGUGGAAGGAAAUGCAGGGCUAGUGAUAGCAGCGUUGUCUUUCUCACCUCCGGUAUGUUACUUUUCAUAGUCUCAGAUGGUGGAAGAAUGCAAAGUCAUUGCUUUAUACAUAAUUGCACCAAUUUACAGAUGAAAUUAUGUUAAUUAUAUUAGAAGAUCUCUGUUACAUAACUUUUUUUGAAUUAUUUUUAAACUUGCUGGAAGGAAACAGUAACUUUGUUUCAAAGCUGAGCUAGUAAUAAAUUGAACAUUUUAUUUAUCUAUAAGAUUAAACUAUUUAUCAUUGUAGUUGUGGAUAUAGAUCUUAAAUCCUUUAACCCGCUUCCUUGUUGGAGCCAUGAGAUGUAUAUCAUAGAUGCUUAUUUUUGUCAAAUCUUGAAGAUAUCAUGUAAAGACUGACAUUUUGCGUGGUGCGAGAGCAAACAGGAAACUGCUAAAGUUUGUCGCUAUCCUUGUGCACAUAAACUGUGUAUCCUUUCGUAAGGCUUUGUCCUUGUGUCCUACAUACUGUAGGUAUCGUCUUUUAAAGGAUGGGGUAUAUGGAGGAUUCUCUAUUUAGAAUUAAACAAAACAUCCUUCGUAGGACAUACUGGCAGAAAAGGAAACAGGAAGUACCACGUUGCACUCGCACACCUGUCAAAUGAAUUAAAAUGGUUUCUACAUGAUUUAAGAGGUAAAAAGUUGGUUUGUUUCUACCCUAAACAAUCCCAAAAGAGUUAAACAAAUUUACAAAUGUCUUCUUAUUUACUUACUGUUUCUAAACGUUUAAAAACCACUCAACACUUGUAAACCUAUUUACUGCAUAUUGCCUGCUAAGAUUAAAAAAACGUGACACGAAUUGUAAACUGUUAACAUUUAAACACCACAUAUUUGAAUGUGCAGCUGCUGGCAUUUAUUCAAAUAACAGACGUUGGCCGACGCACAGAAUUGUGGGUUUUUGAGAGUACAACCUGAUUUUUUUAUAAAAACGCGACAUGAUGACGUAGCACUGUAGCAGCCUUCGAAUGAGACCUCUGGAGGAUACAGCUUUGCGAAAUGAGACACACCCAUAGCCUAUUAAUCUGAUGUGAUAUUUUGUGCAUUGCUAAGGAUUAAAGGAUAGUGGAGCUGUCAAUCAAAGACAGUCGGAUAGGAGACACUUUGUGCCAGUGCAUUAUGUUCAUAAACAAUUGACUGUUAUCAGCAAUUUUUAUUUGGUGCUAUACUAAGUAGAGGCUUUAAAUUUACAAUUCACCAAUGAAAUGAACCUUUAUAUAUGCCUGUUUAUUUACGUCUGCAUGUCAUUGUUCUCAAAUCUCGUAGCAUUGCUGUUCUUCUCAAACAUCCUCUGUGAUUUUUUUUUUCAUAAAUCUUUAAUUGUUAGUCACUCUUUAUGGUUGUCACCUGGUUUUGCAAAUAUUUAACCAAUAAAAAUUGUGCUUGUCAACUUUGACAUCACAGUAUUUAAUCAUUUAACAAAUAUAAAGUUUUUUUUUCAUUUCCUGAAAACAGAAUUUGGACAUGUUAGGUUUCAAGAGGAUGGCGAUAAGGUGAAAUUUGACAGCUGACAGGCCAUGUUUUACGCUUUGGUGGUAUUUUCCCCUACUUCUUCAUGUCAAAGAUUCUUACAAUAAAGAGUAAAUAGUCCUUUAUA